UGGUUACCUCUCUCGCUAUUUUUUUUCUUUACCAUCUCCUACCGUGUUUGCCCGGCAGAUAGGCGGCUGGCUAUCUUUUCUUUCAUGCCAAUUCGCUUUCUGAAUAUGCAUAUAGUAGGCGUUUGGAUGCUGCAUUACGGAGAGACACUAGGGGGGAGAGAGUACGGACUUGGAUGGGAUUUGCUUGAUGCGUGAGGCGAGAAAUGGAUGAUGAUGGGGAAUGAUGAAUGGACGGCUGCAAGGAAGGAUGGAAGGACGGAUGGAUGGAUACCCCUCGCCUAACGGCAUAUAUCUAUUCCCUUAAGCUUAUUUAUAGUUUAUACAUAGUAGAAACAUCGAAUAAAAUAACAACCAAUAACCCAGCCAGUAUCGCUCCAUCCAACUCCUCUCCCCAUCUUCUUAUCACCAGGACAUGGCUUAAGGAAUUUAGAAUCUACUUCAUCCACCAGCGCCAGCCAUCCCACACAUCACAUCUACAAAACACACCAAACCACCAUUCACAAUUCCAAAAAAAGGGAAAUCCCAGAAAUGCAAUUGCCGCAUUACUCUACACCCACUCACUCACGCAAAACCCAAUCAAGAGAAACCAUCGCCAUACUGCGUAUGCCAACUUAAUCGUACACACGAUACAAUUUCCGCCCAUCCCAUCCCAUCCCAUCCCAUCCCAUCCCUUAAAAACCUACAAAAACGCCAUAGAACCCAUGCAUGCACCGAAUCCCUUUCCCCCACCCACCCACGUAACCACCAAAGACGCCAAACCCAGCCCCGAAACCGAUUCCCAAAACCAAACAAGAGAAAAACAGAAGAGUUCCCCUCCUCCAACCCCCAACCACACUAGGAGCGAGCCCCGCAAGGCAAGCUACAACCAGCCAGGCCAGUAUUGAAGCUCCGGGUCCUCAACCUUAAAGACGCCAAACCCAGCCAUGAACCAAUCCCCAAAGCCAACACACCAAAUACGACAGGGGAGUGAGUUCCCCUCCUCCAAAUCAAACCUGACUAGGAGCGAGCCCAUCCAGGCAAGCUCCAACCAGCCAGGUCAUCAUCAGAGUCGAGGCCCUCAACAUAAAGACGCCAAACCAGC